AUGGUGGCCCGCUCCGGUCUCUUCACUGCAGCAGCACUAGUGGCAUUUGGUAGGACUUCACCUUGGCCUCUAGUUCUUGGCAGGGUCCUUUCCUUUCCCUUGCAGCCUCACACCUUUGCCAGGGUGUCCAGCACUCUCUCAGCUCUUGACCCCUCGCCCACGCUUGACCCCCCAUCAGUGCUUCUCCAGCACCACGUGGACCAUGUGUCCUCCCUUCAUCUGCAGCCUCCUGCCCUUUGGACAGCCCUCUCCCCCCGCACGUGCACAAGGCAGGAGCUGCAUGAGCCAGAGAAGGUGUCUCUGGGGAGGCAGAAGGCUGCCUGGGUAGGGUCCUGACACAACAACAAAAACUUCACCCCUGUCCUGAUAAACAGGAACACUGUGCAAGCAACCUACUAUGAUGACUUACGGGGAAAAUGCUUCCCUGACCCUCAGGGCAAAUUCUCAUUUGAGUUUGACCACUCGCGUGGGGUAAUCUGCAAACCCCAUCUGCACAACGUGAUGCUGGAUGAGAGGGAGCUGUGGGCAGAGAAUCUCCACAGGGGCUUGAAGGUGUAUGUGAGCUGCCACUUCCCCGAUGUGUUCAAAAAAGCUGUGGGGAAGAGACAGAUGUUUGUGGCCCUCGUUGUGGUUCAUCGGUACCCUUUGAAUCAGUGAAACAGCUUCUGGAAGUCGUACUGGACUUGCCCAUUUACCACUUGGAUUACAGGGAUCUUUCUCCUCCAGAUUAACUACUUCAAAGAUGCCAACCUUUACAUAACUGUCAGUGAGUCUGCAAGUGAGAAUCUAAAUGUGAUAGACAAAAACCAGUUUGCCAUGGAAUUUGUGAAAUUCGUGAAAGUUGAGGACACUAAGUUUCAUACUGCCAUUCUGGAAAACACCCAGGCUUUAGGGAAAAAUCUGUGGAGGAAACUCCCUGUUACUCAUACUUCUAUGAACUGGAAUAAACUAUUGAAUGCUCAGCAUCUGAACAUCCAUGUCUCCAAUACAGAAGUGCCUCCAUGCUUACCAAAACACACUUUUGAUAUGAUUCUGGAUUACCCAGGAGAGUGUGGAAAUUGUCAUCAGUCAAUCACCCCUUUGAAAAUGAUUCAGAUCAGCAGUGACAGAAAAUAA